AUGUGACUUGACCGCACCUCGCAACUUCUUGGACGCCCAGCCCGACAACCGAGUGGACUCGUCAAAGUGGUCAUUUCGUUUGUUUUUAUUUGUUUUAAUCGGGGAAGCUGCAAGACCGAUCGAGCGAUUAGGAAAGAGCGGAACAUUUGAGUCGUUUUGCUGGCCAUGCUGCGCUUUUGCGCGGCGGCGGUUCGGCUUCAGCUUCGGCUCCACCCGGGUCGAGUGGCCUGGCAGCGCCAGCUCGGAACCCACGGCCGAAAGGAGCCUAGGGAGCCCCUCAACUCACCCAAACGGGCCAAAGAGUUCAUCUACCGGCUUCAGGCCGGCGAGAGGAGCUGCUUGCUGAAAGAGCUCCAGAACUUUGAGUCUAUCGCCAUCGCUCAAGAGACCGUGGAACCUUCACCACCAACUGCUGCACAAAUCAGAUAUGUGUUGUUCCACAACACGCUUCCGUUCAUCGGCUUCGGUUUCCUGGACAACGCCAUCAUGAUCUCUGCCGGAACGCAGAUCGAGCUUUCUAUCGGAAUCACGCUGGGCAUCUCCACCAUGGCCGCCGCCGCCCUAGGGAACCUGGUAUCCGAUUUGGCGGGUCUCGGCUUGGCGGGUUACGUGGAGGCCCUGGCGUCCAAACUGGGCAUGCAAGUCCCAGACCUGACCCCGAAGCAGGCCGACAUGUGGCAGACGCGGCUCAGCUCGCACAUGGGAAAAGCCAUCGGCGUCUUCAUCGGCUGCGUUCUGGGAAUGUUUCCUCUCUUGUUCAUCAGCGAGGAUGAGGAGAAGAAGGCCAAAGCGGACAAGGCCACGCAGCGCUAACGCCUUGCGACGGCUAACAAAGAAACACAAGGGUUGAAGAAUAUCUGGUAGAUUUCCUCAAAAUGUCGACAGUCGUCGGGCAGAUUUCUCACUUUGACCUGUAAACGAACAAAUUGAAAUGUAAACAGCGUACGGUGCUAGUUAACUUCAUUCUUGUCACUUGAGAAGAAGUUCAGUAGUUCCAAAAAGAUUUGCUAAGUUCCCAGAAUUUCUCAAACCUACCAGUCUUGACUCACUUCCUCUCUGCACAAGGAAGUCAACACAUCUGGGGAUUUAUUUUUUUUCCCCCCAAGAACAUCCACUAAGGAAGUGGCAUUUUCGCCAGAGUUCCUGCCCAACACAUGUUCUGUUGUCAGAGCUGCUAACCGCUGGCUAACUGCUACCUCAUACAUUUAUCGUGCACAACAAUGUUUAUUUUUUUUCUUUUUUCGCUGUGCUGACUAGGAAAUCCUUGACCUUAAAAUACGGAUAAACAACAGCAGCCAAAUCGGCAAAGAUAUGUGGGUGAUUCUCAUGAAAUCUAUGCAUUACAACAAGGCAAGGGUGUAGGUUUGCAUAGGGACGGUAGGUACAUACACUGCUGGCCAAAAGUAUUGGCACCCCUGCAAUUCUGUCAGAUAAUGCUCCAUUUCUCCCAGAAAAUGAUUGCAAUUACAAAUGAUUUGGUAUUAAUAUCUAUACAUAUUUUGCUUGCAGUGAAAAAACACAAGAGAAUGAAAAAAAAAAUGAAAUCAUUAUCAUUUUACACAAAACUCCAUAAAUGGGCCAGACAAAAGUAUUGGCAGCCUCAGCCUAAUUCUUGGUAGCACAACCUUUAGACAAAAUAGCUGCAAACAACCGCUUCCGUUAUCAAUCAGUGAGUUUCUUACAAUGCUCUACUGGAAUUUUAGACCAUUCUUCUUUGCCCAACUGCUCCAGGUCUCUGAGAUUUGAAGGGUGCCAUUUUCAGAUCUCUCCACAGGUGUUCUAUGGGAUUCAGGUCUGGACUGUUGCUGGCCACUUUAGAAGUCUCCACUGCUUUCUCUCAAUCGAUUUUCUAGUCCUUUUUGGGUCAUUGUCCUGCUGGAAGAUCCAUGACCCCUGAGGCAGACUCCUUUUUCUCACACUGGGCCCUACAUUUUUACAUAUAUUUUUAAAUAUAUAUAUUUUUAUGUUUUUACAUAUAUUUGUUGCAAAAUUUAUUGGUAGUCUUCAGACUUCAUAAUGCCAUGCACAUGGUCAAGCAGUCCAGUGCCAGAGGAAGCAUAGCAACUGCAAAACAUCAGGGAACCGCCGCCAUGUUUGACUGUGGGGACCGUGUUCUUUUCUGUGAAGGCCUCGUUUUUUUCCCCCUGUAAACUACCUAUGUAUGAUGCCCUUUCCAAAAAAGCUCUACUUUUGUCUCAUCUGACCAGAGAAUAUUCUUCCAAAACGUUUUUGGCUUUCUCGGAUAAGUUUUGGCAAACUCCAGCCUGGCUUUUUUUAUGUCUCUAGGUCAGAAGUGGGGUCUUCCUGGGUAUCCUACCAUAGAGUCCCUUUCAUUCAGACGCAGACGGAUAGUAUGGGUUGACACUGUUGUACCCUUGGACUGUGGGACAGCUUGAACUUGCUUGGAUGUUAAUCGAGGUUCUUCAUUCACCAUCCGGACAAUCUUUCGUUGAAAUCUCUCGUCAAUUUUUCUUUUCCAUCCACAUCUAGGGAGGUUAGCCACAGUGCCAUGGGCUUUACACUUAUUGAUGACACUGCGCACGGUAGACGCAGGAACAUUCAGGUCUUUGGAGAUGGAGUUGUAGCCUUGAGUUUGCCCAUGCUUCCUCACAAUUUUUCUUCUCAAGUCCUCAGACAGUUCUUUGGUCUUGAGUCAACUUAAGUGUGAUUUAGUUAUAGCCACCACCUGUUAUGUGCCACAGGUAAGUAAAAGGUGCUGUUGAUUACACAAAUCGAAGAAGUAUCACAUGAUUUUUCAAAGGGUGCCAAUACCUUUGUCCGGCCCAUUUUUGGAGUUUUGUGUAAAAAUAAUGAUUUAAUUAAAAAAAAAAAAAAAAAUCUUGUGUUUUUUCAUUGCAAGCAAAAUAUAAGAUAUUACUACCAAAGCAUUUGUAAAUGCAAUAAUUUUCUCGGAGAAACUGAGCAUUAUCUGACUGAAUUGCAGGGGUGCCAAUACUUUUGGCCAGCAGUGUUACACUACCAACUUUUUUAAAGAAACCUUAUUUGCUUUAUAUACUUGGUGAAUGUGCCGGUCCAUUCCCCCCUUCAAACGCAUGUUGUAUAUGUUGAUGACUUGACCCAAACCCCACCCCUCAGACGCACACUCACACAGCCCCGACAGAUUCACGUCGACAACAUGCCACCUCUUCCGCCCCCUUCGAAGAGGAGGGUUAUUAGAAGUUUUUUUUUUUGACCAGCGGCAACCACUGUAAGUAACGUAAAAAGAUGCCAAUGUUGUGGAGGUGGGGGAAACACCACUAAUUUUAAACCAAGGGCGUAGGUUUGCAUAGGGAUGGUAAGGACAUAACACUACCAACUUUUCAGGAUGUUCAAAUUGUCCCCACCAACUUUUAAGCAACCUCAUUUGCAUUAUAUAAUGAGUUCAGUUAAAUAAGUAAUUUAAAUUGUCUUCUCAUAGACCCUACAAUUAUCAAGAGAAUUGUUUUCAUUAUGUUCAAACUUCAAUUUAUCCCUUUUCACUUGCUGAAAGUUCCGGUCCUUUUUUUUCCCCUGAAAUGCAUGUUUGAUUGGCUGAUAACUAGACCCCCCCGACCCCAGUAAGCCGCACAUACACACUCACACAGUCCCGACAGAUUUAUGUCGACAACAUGCCGUCUCCUCCAAAGAGGAGGGAUAGUAGUUUUUUUCAGCCAGCAGCAGCUACCGGAAGUAAUCUAAAAAGACGUCAAUGUUGUGGAGGUGGGGGUAACACCACUAAUUUUGCUACUGGAAGUCCGACCUGCAUGAGAGUUAGCAUAACAUUAAACUGUGUGAACUUGCUAACCUGCCAGACUACUGCGGUCAGGCCAGCCUACACAAGGAACAAUGAAGUCAAGCUAGCCGUCCCUCAUUUGGAUCAUUGUUUGCAUUAUGCUAAUGCAACGCGGUGGCUUCAGAGUGCAAGUCCCUUUAUCUAAAAAAACUGGAAGCUAUCCAGGAAUGGGUCAACUUUAGGGAGACACUGACAUGAACAUGGACAUGAAAAAAAAAAUCUGUCAAAUGAAAUCACACAUCAAAAUUUUAUGAGAGUACUUUGGUUCGAGUCUUUGGGUAGUUUGAUGCCUCAGAUGUAGAUUGGUCCUUGGAUAGCUCACAUUUUUUUUCAUUAAUUUUUUCCCCAAAUAACUUUGAAAUUACCGUACAGUACUUUAGUUUGACUGUAGGGGUGCUCCAGUGUCUCCCAGAAGUGGAUCCAUUCUUGGAUAGCUCAACGUUUUUUUAAAUAAAGGGUCUUGCACUUCAAAAUGUUUUAGAAGUUUUUGAAAACUAAGGUUUAAAUCCAAUGUUUUAUAACCUAAACCAAUACACAUAAAAGUUAGUUUGUCAAUACAGAAUUAUUUUUGCAUUGAUCAUUUAGCGAUUGAUCAAUUCGUGAGAUAUGUAGCCCUGACCCCCGUUAACCCAAUCUGUUUAGUCUUAUUAAUGUCCCAUCCCCAGAAAAAAGUGUACAUGCAGGUUAUGCUGUUAUAUCGGCCCUACCAAUGUUGAGACCAAACGAAGGACUUUUACCAAAGCUAGCUUAAAAUAGCAGAUUGCUAUGAUGACUUAGUCAUUUUUUCCAUUAACAGUUUGAACUCCCUAAUAUAUUAUUUACAGUUAAAUAUUUAAUGUCUAAAUACAAGUAACAUUAUGGUGAUGAUCACAUAUAGUGGGGAAGCAGGCACAUAAACUUAACAACUUACUAACGAUAUGAAAAAAGGCCAAACAAUCUUGUCUUGUCUUUUGCCUUUUUUAUGGUGCAUAAUGGAUCAAAAAUAACUUUAAUAAAAAACAACAACUGUCUGAUCAUGAAGGGACCAUGGACCAGGUGCAAUAGUAAUGAAAGCUGCAUGCUUGGACACUAGAUUUUCCAUAAAUAUAUCUUUUUUUCUUAAUACAAAGCAAGAAACCAUUAUAGCUUAUCAUAACCUGAUCAAUUAUAUAGUUUUAAACAAAUUGAUAUAUAUUUUUAGGGGUUUGAUUAAAAAUUUAUGAUGCUGUAUUGAAUUGAAUAAAGCUUUUCAUGGACGCAUUACAGACAUGCACUUACGACUCUAAAAUCAGUUAAAAAAAACAUACAACUUACUAUUUUGGUCCGCAUAAUGGACAUGACCAUCUUUCAACGAAAAAAGGAACUCUUUCGGGUUUUCAGGACUAUAUACUUAAAAUCUUUAAAAACAUAGUUUAGGUUAUCUUCAUGAGAAUCACCCAUAUACAGUACAGGUAGCCCCUGGGUUACGAAGUUCUGUUCCUAAGCCGGGAACAUAACCCGAAUUUUCGCAAAGUCGGAAAUAACCCCUUAAGUACCCCUAAAUACCUCCUAAAUCUAAAAAAUAACUAUCCUAAAACAUGUAUUAUACGUCAUUGUACUGUCUUGGCCAAGAAGUUGGAGUGGAAAUCACGUAGGUCUGAUACGUCGUAACCCGGGGACAACCUGUAUUUAGAUACUACCAACUGCGAACAAAAUGCUAAUUUGUGGUCAUAGACGACAAGAGUCAUUUUAUAACAGAGUGCAGUAAGUACGACAGGUUUUUGGCCACAAAUUAGAAAUGAAAAUCUCAAGUAUGUUAGAAACACAAGUCACAUGAAGUAGCUUUUGUUAAGAAGCGUUUCUCAAAAGUUCUUUGCAACAAGUCGGUCCCGAAAUGGACCAAUGUAAGACGUUUGUACUUUUUAUUAGACAAAAUGGCUGUUUUUGUAAGACUUACGAAAAUAAUAAAUUUUAAUAAAAGAAAAUAAUUCGAGUCGCAUUUUUUGUGUGGAUGUUGAGCAGGGAAUAGCAUCACAUUGGAAAAUGAUAUGGUGAAUUUUCCUCUAUUCAUUUUAUUCACAGUUAAAUGACAUGAUUUACAUCGAACAAAGACAAACGUAAAGUGACAAAUACUUAUAAGACGUCGCGUUCGUUGGGCUCUCAGUGUCUGUUGCUAUAGCGACUAAUGCCCUGCGACCGCUCGCCACCGCUGCUUGUUGAUGACAUCACUUCCUCUAGAAAGCUGAGGGCAAAAGAGAAAUCUUUGUAAGUGGCUGCUCUUGAUGCCCGUAGACGUCCGGUUAUUUGGGACUGGGAGACUUGGCAGUGAUUGAUCAAAUGAUAAUAGUGAUAAAUUCAUGUCUUUUCACAGAAGAAGCAUGAAAAGAGCUUUCAUCACCAAGGUGGUAGCCAUAUUGGCAAGGGAGAGCCUCCCAUCAAAGUCAAUUAAGAUGAAGUCAUAAUGAUAAAAUACCAUUUCUGGACAAACUGCUAUGUUAGCUUUGCUGUUAAUGUCGUGGUAUAUAAGGCCACUUUCUGUUGAUUUUGAGGCAUUUCAUGGUCACUUUGCACCAUUUUUCAGAAGAUCGGAAUCAGGUAAAAAUGAUCGGGUUUUUAAUUAAACAUGUUUUUCUGCUUCAUGCUCAUACAGCCUCUCAUCUCGACCUCCCACUACUUUUCUUGGUCACCAGUGCAGCUGGCGUUUAGGACAAAAAGUAAACUGACUGACAGGUUUGUAGUUUUGACCUGGCGAGUAAAGGCUCGGUAGUUCUACGAUCAAAGGCACAAACGUGUUAAUCAUCACUAAGUUAAUCUUCGUAGUCAAGAGGCUCUCUUGCCAGUGUGUGCGAAUUUGAGUGGACUCACAGCGUAUCACAAAAGUGAGUACACGACCUCGCAUUUCUGCAGAUAUAUCUUUUCAUGGGACAACACUGACAAAAUGACACUUUGACACAAUGAAAAGUAGUCUGUGUGCAGCUUAUAUAAUAGAGUUCAUUUAUUUUCCCCUCAAAACAACUCAAAAUAUAGCCAUUAAUAUCUAAACGCCUGGCAACAAAAGUGAGUACACCACAUGGGAACUACGUAAAUCCCUAAAUGUCCACAUUGAGUACUGCUUGUCAUUUUCCCUCCAAAAUGU